GAAAUACCGGGUCUGACAGACAUUAACGUUCCGCGUCGUCUAGGACCCAAAAGAGCAAGCAAGAUUCACAAGCUCUUUAAUUUAACUAAAAAGGACGACGUACGACAGUUUGUCGUAAAACGUCCAGUCCAAAAAGAGGGNAAAAAGGAGCGUCUAAAGGCUCCAAAAAUCCAACGCCUUAUAACUCCCAUUGUUCUUCAGAGAAAACGUCACAGAUUGGCACUGAAGAAAAAGCGUUGCUUGGCUCGCAAGGAACAAGCCGCGGAGUACGCGAAAUUGUUGGCGCAAAGACAAAAGGAGGCGAAGAACAGACGACAGGAGGAACUCAAACGUAGGCGCAGCGCCUCCAUGAGGGACUCCAAGUCGGCACUCACAUAACAGUAACUCCAUAGAGCUUAUACUCAUGGAGAGGCCUUGCGACCGUAAGGAGGAUCGACAAAGAGAGAUAUAUUUUUCUGUUUCAACUGUGGCCACUUCUUAUAGAAGAGAAUAACAGAGAACACGGAAUGGGGGGAGCCACAGUUGAGACAAAAUAUAUCGAAAUAUAUCUCUCUUUGUCGAUUCUCCCGGCGGAGCCCUCUCUAUGGUUAGCAUAUAGGCAGGGCCUCUCCAUGAGUAUAAGCUCUAUGAGUAAAUCUGAUAAUUCUGCAAAAAUUCAUAAUAUACAUAAUAAAAAAAUAAAAAAAAUAAAAUAAAA